AUGUCAUUCUUCGACCCACCCCCAAGGCCCCAGACCCGACUAGCCUAUCACCGGGUCUUAUCUCCGACCGCAUCGGUGAAAGUAUCGCCAAUAUGUCUCGGAGGUAUUAGCAUAGGAAACGAAUGGAGCGAGCUGUUCGGGGAGAGUGAAGAUGCCUUCACACUACUUGACCAAUUCUUCGAGCUCGGCGGCAACUUUAUCGACACGUCCAAUACGUACAAUGCGGAAAGCUCGGAGAGACUCAUUGGAGAGUGGAUGAAAGCCCGUGGAGUGAGAGACCAAAUGGUAGUUGCCACUAAAUACACUGCCGGAUAUCGAGCGCACAACCGGGAAAGGGAGCCGCUUCAGAGCAACUUCACGGGAAACUCGGCCAAGUCCAUGUUCGUGUCUGUCAGGGACAGUCUCCGAAAACUCGAUACAGACUAUAUCGACAUACUGUAUGUUCAUUGGUGGGACUUUACAACUUCCGUUGAGGAAGUUAUGCGGCACCUCCACGCCUAUGUGAUGGCCAGGCAGGUGUUGUAUCUAGGAGUUUCCGACACGCCAGCUUGGGUUGUCGUCAAAGCGAACGAAUACGCACGAAGACACGGCCUGACGCCCUUCUCUGUCUACCAGGGGAAGUGGAACGCGGCAUUCAGGGAUAUGGAAGCCGAAAUCAUACCGAUGUGUGAGGACCAGGGAAUGGGCAUCGUGCCGUGGGCAGCGCUCGGUGGAGGCCAGCUGCUCACUGCCGAACAGAGAAGGCAGAGGGAAGAACAAGCCGCGAACCAGAAAAGCUUCUACACACUAAGCAAAGAUGAUAUCUCGGUUUGCGAAGCACUUGAAAAGAUUGCUGCUGACAGAAGCGCCUCACUGCAAAGCAUAGCGCUCGCGUAUCUGUUUCACCAGUCGACAUACGUUUUCCCGAUUGUCGGCGUGCAGACCACAGCUCACGUGAGAGCAAUGGAGGAGGCGCUCGCAGUGAAGCUGUCGCAAGACGAGAUUCGGAGGAUCCAGGAGGCUACACAUUUCAACCCGCUAUUUCCAAUGAACUUUUUGUAUCCAAACCAAGAAGGAAAAGGCUAUAGCCUUCAGUUGACCGCUGCGGACAACGUGCAGUACCAGAUGUCGGCGUGGAUUGAUGUGCCGGGCAGGCCCCCUGCCUAUGAGCCGCAUUCGACGCCAAAGUCGUAG